AUGGUAAGAGCCACAAACUGUGGCUCGCCAUCUCAGAACUGCCGCGCUUCCCAAUAUCGUCAAAUUCAACGGGGUCCGCGCGCUAUCAUCGGCGGACGUCGCACGAGUAUUACCGUCACCCCCUUGCCUCCUCCACUCGAGGUCUUCCACCAUGCCUUCGCCGCCUUCAAGCGACUGUCUCAAGACCGCAGUCUCUCCGUCCCUGAAGAAGUCGUCAGAAUAACCGCGAAGCUCAUGGAUGCAGGAUCCCGCAUCUUCCCCGAUGCAUGGGACCUCGAAGACGAAGUUUGUCCGCUUCUCUCCGCUCUCCUCGGGUUCUCUCUUCAGCGACCGUCCAGCGAGACCGUCAAGCGAAGACGUCCGGGCUACUUCAUUCCUUCUGCCGUUCCUUCUCCAUUCUCUGGCACUGCAGCUCUGGCUACUAUUGAGCUGGAUGCGGAAUCCGGGCCUAGCGCUCUCCGUUCGAUGUUCGCGUACAUCGCGCAUUGGUGUGACGUCGGUCAGAAGACCAUUCUCAACAGCUGCUUCACGCCCUCCUUCGUGAUCGGCAUUGACGGUCCACACAUCUCCAUUUCGGGCGCCAUGAUCACGGGCAAGCCCGUCGUGCAGCGCUUGAGAGACAUAUGGCUCUCGCAGGACCACCACCUUGAUGGAGACGUGCUCCUGGAGAACGCGCGGGUGCUCUACGCCCUCAAGCUCGCUCUCGAACACCUGCAUGCAUAUUACACCGACCUCCCGCUCCCGGCGACGGACGCUUCCCGUUUCUUCCCUCUCGCCACCCGGUACCACGCGCCCGACGGCCAUCCCAUGACGCUCACUUACAUCGACGUGCUAAAAACGCCCAGCGAAGGCUCCACUGUGUUCCUCGCACGCCUCGACGGGCCGGAGCUGCGCAACGUCGUCGUCAAGUUCGUCGAACGGUACGGCGCCCGGGCACACGAGCUGCUUGCGGAGGCUGGCCUCGCGCCGACCCUGCUUUACCACGGCGCCUUCUGGCCCAGGGAGGAGCACCACGGCCACGAAAUGGUCAUUAUGGAGCACGUGGAGGGUGUCCCCGCGUUAGAGCCGGAGCAGCAGAGCGCCGCCGCGCGGGAGGUGGAGCGCGCGAUGAAGCGCCUGCACGACAACGGGAUGGUCCAUGGAGAUCUUCGCCCGCCUAACAUCCUGCUCCUGCAAGGCUGGGAACAGGGCGUCGAAGGCAGGAUGAGGCUCAUCGACUUUGACUGGGCGGGUCGAGAGGGCGAGGUGCGCUACCCGUGCCGAUUGUCGAAGCAGGUGUUUCCGGUUGACGGCAUUGAUGAUUACGCUCCGAUUACUUACGCGCACGACAAAGGGAUGCUGAGUCUGCUUUACAGUGGCGCUCAUCGCCCUUAG